AUGGAGGCAAAAAUAUGGAAGAAGGGAAAAGUUGGGAAGAAGCCGGAGCAAACGCCCGAUGAUGGCGAGAUCGUGCUCGUACGCGAAGUGAUCCACUACUCCCGACACGCCACAGUUCACAGCGCCGUCCUUUCUCCUUCUCAUUCACCUCCUUCUCCUGAUUCCGAUCUUCCUUAUGUGGAAAGAAAAUCAAACAUCGUUCUGAAUGAUUCAAGCGGAUACAAAACAAUUCGUGUCACCCAAUAUGAUGGUACUCAGCGAACGUUCAAUGCAAAAAAAACUGCACCAUCACCUCCUACUUCCUCGAAUCGGUCACUGCAUUCGGUUUUCCAAAAAGACAAAGAUUUUGUCGCUUCAAUGAAUUCUUUGGAAAAAUCAAAUUUGGAUGUCGAUGUGAAGGGGACAAAAGUAGAACCUGACCUACUUCGAAAGGACCUCGUUUCUGGAGAUUCUACUGAUAUCAUAGAGAAUGCAGCUGAAAUCAUGCAAGAGUAUGAAGACAUAAGAAAGAAAUUCGAUCUCUGGCAGCUACUCCAAGCCCGGAAUCGGUAUUCUUCGGAGACCAGACAGCUGCACAUGGAGCUCAUGCGUCAACACGAUUCGCUCAUGAAGAAACUACAACAAGUAGCUGAGGCGUCCGCUCCAGCGACGAAGAAAAAACCGAGUAUCGCAACCUACUCCUUCUGGGAUCCAAACGACCCUUCGAGGCCGUCAAUCCAACAGAAUCGCUCACAUAAUUCGGAGUCGCACGACCGUGAAGAGCUUAUUUCAAGAUGGGCAUCAAACCACUCCCUGUCCCCGACAGCGUCAACGUCAAGUGAAGAGACUGAACGAUCACAGUGCGGCAGUAAGAAAUCAAGAGAUGCCAUUGAACACCUUAUCAUUCCACCGCCGGGAUCUCGAUCAGACUCAGAAGCCCAUAACAAACAGCUUUCUUCUAGAAGAAUUGAAACGACUCUAAUAGAUGUAAAUAAAAGUAGGGAGGAGAAGGAACGAGCUUUGCAAAGGAUUCUCGAGGAGGUAAACGAGUUGAAAAGAAAGGAACAAGAGCUGCGAAGAGUCGCUAGUAACUGGACUUCGAAGAAACAGGAAGGAUUGGCUCCACCACAGGCGAUUUCUAAUGGUGGUAAUAUUACGACGAACGUUACAACGCCUUUGCUCCGGAAGAAAUUACAAGAUCAUACCCUACUCAGCUCUCAAAAGGUUUUCGACCAACAAGCGUCUCCCGAUGAUAACAAUAAUCCAGUUCAAGCGCUGGUGACUUCAGUAGGGAGUCCACCGUCUUCCAAGAGAGGUCAUGGAGUAAAGCCCGUGGGGAAAUCUCCUUAUUCCCCGAAGAUCCUCCAUUCAAACAUUUCACUUUAUGAGAGGCGAACCUCCUCACAGUCUUUUCCCUCACCUCGAGAAAUCCGGAUUCAGAAAUCAGGUAACUUGGAGAAAACAUCGCAACAUCCGCAACAAGUCGAAUCUCCCAAUGGCUCUGCAAAAGUAGUGGGGACUUUUGUGAUUUCGCAGAACGCUCUAAAUUCUCAGGCUCAGUUUUCUACUUCUGUGCAGAUUCCUCCAAAACUGCCAUUGACAACACGAAGCACGGUUUCUCGGGAAAAUAUUGAGGUGCCGUCGCCUCCGAUGAUACCGAAUGCUGACUCUAAUAUUCGCAAAGUAAAGGAGGCUGUAAAGCAAAGUCUUGGGCAGAAAUCUGCCAGCUCACUGUUACUGCAAGCUCACCUAUCCACGCUAGAAUCGAAAGAUCAACGAGGCGAUGUGAAAGAGUCCGAGUUGGAUGGCAUAGCAUCCACCGGAUCAAAAAAGCCUUUCCAUAACCACAUGAACGGUCAGAUUACAAGCAGCAUGUCGAAAGUUCUUAAGGAAGAAUUUCCAUUUCUCAAGAAAGUUGGAGCUCCCGUCGAGAAAAAUGGCAUCACACUAGGAAAAGUUCUUGACGCUUUCUCAGAAAGUCAUGACGUAAAUAUUCUAGAUUUCCUACCAGCUAGUGAAGAUCACCGUCUUGUUAUUAAGGAAACAACUCGAGCCACAGCAGUGGAGCGACCGAAGCACGCACAGCAUCCUACACCACCUCCGCCACCACCACCGACCAUACUUUCCCCCCAAUCAAGUCUCUCUCCUACAGUGGCGGCGACACGUCCUGCAACGUCAUUAAUUUUGACACAGGAUUUGGAGCGCCAGAAGACUAAACUGAAGCCUGUUCCAGCAAUAGAGAAGUCUGCUGCUUUGAUGGACGUGCGAGACAGCUUGAUGGCUGAGAUCAGGAAUGCCGGUGGACUUCGAGCACUACGCCAAACUUCAUCACAGAAAAACUGA